AUCUUCCCCGUCGUAUUUAUCAUUUACUGCUACAAGUGCCGUUGAUGCUAAUGCAAGGAAACCAAACAAAGAUAUGCUUAGUUUGAAGGUUGCAAUGCCUCCCCCUCGGGUGAAUUCCCUCUACUCGAGUACACUAUCCCCCACCCCUUCAACAUCUUCGGCCCUUGAGUCGUUCUCCACCUCUAUAUAACUAGGGCCCUAGGACCCCUCCCUCUCUCUUCCCUUUCCCCUUCAUCCUCAUCCUCAUCCUCAUCUUUUUUUGCUACCCUUAAACUAUUAUACCAUAAACUAUAGACGGAUAAAUUUUCUGUUCAAUCAAACAUGGCCCCCGCAAACAAAGCUGUUGUCUUUACCGAUUUCGAUGGAACCAUUACUCUGAAAGACAGUAAUGAUUACUUGACCGACAACCUUGGAUAUGGGGAGCAGAAGCGUAGAGAUGGCAACAUUGAUAUCCUCGAGAACCGUGUCAAGUUUCGCGAUGCAUUCAAGGAAAUGCUCGACUCAGUACCCACCCCCUUCGACGAGUGUGUUGAUAUCCUCGUCAAGAACAUCAAGCUGGACCCGGGCUUCAAGGAUUUCUACGCCUGGUGCUUGGCUGAGGGGAUUCCCGUCAUCGUUCUUUCAUCCGGAAUGGAGCCCAUUAUUCGCGCGCUCUUGACCAAUCUUGUUGGACCAACAGCAGAUCAGAUUAAGAUUGUUAGCAAUCAGCCCAAGCAUUUGCCCGAUGGGACAUGGACCAUCGAUUAUCAUGAUGACAGCGACUUUGGACACGAUAAAUCGUUGGCCAUUAGGCCGACUGCCAACCUUCCAAAGGAGGAUAGACCUGUUCUUUUCUACUGUGGUGAUGGUGUAUCCGAUCUGUCUGCUGCGCGUGAGACUGAUCUGCUUUUUGCCAAGUAUGGCCAUGACUUGAUCACCUACUGUGAGCGUGAGGGCAAUCCCUUUGUCGUCUUCAAGACAUUCAGCGACAUUCACAGAGAUAUCAAGGAUAUCAUGGAGAACAGGACCACCAUUGAUGAGGUGGCUGGUAGAUAUGGGAGGGAGAAGGCGGCUGCAGCAGCAGCAACAGCAACAUAAACUGUUCGGUAGAUGAAUGCGUCUAGAGGAUGAGGACUAUCCAUAGAUAAAUAAAGUAUCUGUUUUUUGUUUUA